UUUAUUCAAUUCUCCGAAACUUUCAUGUACCAUUCGAUUCGACGAAAUUCGGAAUGGAGAUUUGACAGUUCGGGAGACUCCAAAAAAUGCCACUGCAUUGCAUAGGAGAGAGAAGGAACACUUCUGAAGACGAUGGUGAGACAACUUGUUCAAUGUGGACUGAUAUACCAGAGUCAUUACUUCUUCAUAUAUUCUCUUAUCUGGAUGCAAACCAUUUAAUCCCGGUGUCUCAGACAUGCAAGAUCUGGUGUCGUGUGGCUUUUGAUGAGAGUCUGUGGAAGGCAUUGUUAUGGAGGACCUGGGACAUACAUGGAGUGACCCUCCCCCCGGGGAAGGACAGCUGGUACCUAGAGUAUAAACGUCUUCACUACAACUGUCCUGUGAUACUAACAGAGGUCCUCAAAGAUCACAGCGAUGAAGUCCUCCAUGUCAGCUUCUCACACCGCGGGGACAUGUUCUCCACAACGUCUAAAGACGCCUCCAUAAAGGUUUGGCAGGUGGGGUAUCCCACAACUCUGAAGUACUGUAGGGAUUUCCGAGAACUGCUGUCUUGGGACUUUACACAAUUUUCAUGCUUCAACAAAAGUGACACAAUGCUUCUGGUAUCCAGUGUCAAAACCACAGACUUCUUAGAUAGGAGGGGCUUUGUGGCCAUUUUGUCUCUUGUGCAUAAUUUACAGAUUUUGAGAGUUGUUUCAAUGGACCCAUCUCAGUUGUUUGGUGCAUGGCUAGAUGAUAAUACAUUCCUAGGGGGAUACUUAGAAAUAAGCCUAGAUAGAUUUGCAACAACUGUUCAAAUUGAAUCAUUUCAGGUUGAUAAAGAUGUACCAUUACCAAAUGAUACUCCCCCUGUCGUGGAAGAAGGUGUUGGACAGAAUUUGUUCACAUUCUCUAGUGAAACAGCAAGUCUCAUCAAAUUCUUAACCGUAGCUAAUAUUACAGACCAGACCGUAGAAGCAGUGGCAUCUCAACCCAAAGCAAGCUGCAAGGUAAAAGACUUCCAGACUGGAAAUGAGGAUUCCUUAGAUACUGAAAAUAUGUGUUGUAACUAUAACCAAAACCAGAAUAGUCAUAAUUUGGGAGCUUAUAACGGUGAAGGCAAGUGUAAAUGCUCAUUGGACGAAGGGAGAUCUGGGAAGAAGGCUGAGUCCGUUGUAUUAUCCACUGGUAAUAAACUAGAGGAUAGCGAUUCAUUAUCCACGUGUACUAAUUCUAUGGAUAGUGAUUCAUUAUCCAUAUGUACUAAAGUGGACGAUAGCAAUUUCUCAUCGGCCGUUGAAGAAGACUCAUCAGUGAAGAACUUGAUAUUUGUGACAGGAGAGUUUGCCGUUGCUCUGCAUCAGUUAGGUAUUAAGAAUGUCAGCGCAGAUUCAGUGUUAAAGCUGACGUCCACUAGAAAUGAGAAAGAGGCUGAAGAGAUGGAGGUCAGUGAGGAAAGUCACCACAUGGUGGUCAACUUCAGUAAUAAUGACAUUCACGUGCAACCGGUGAGAAAAUCGGACAAACCAGAUCAUCUGAUCGACCUAUUUGGACAUGUGACAGGACUCUGUCUGUCAAGUGAUAAUAGAUAUUUAUUCUUAAACUAUCGACCAUGGAUUGGUAAAGUGGAUAGAAAUGACCCUUGGGCAACCCCUGACCUGUCACCUUCUAUAGAGGUCUUGGUUAUCGACUUGUUGACACUAAAGAAUGAGGGAGUACGUUAUGUUGGCCACAAGGGAUACUCCCCCUCCACCAUGUGCUGUUUUGUAUUUCUGGAUGUUAGCCAGGAUUAUGUUGGAAGUGGUAGUGAGGAUGCCAGAGCCUACCUCUGGGACAAGCACUACCGAAACAACAUUGCAGUCUAUGAACACUCCUGGGGUGUGGUCAAUGCUGUGGGAUUCAACCCUGCUAACCAGGAGUACAUGGUGACCGUAAGUGAUGAUAACACCAUCAAGAUCUGGAGGUCAAGGUCAGAGGUAAAAAAACUGGGUCAUGCCCUAGUUUGUAAUCCCGAUAUUCAAAUUGAAGCAGACAAAUGUGUGAGGAAGAAAGGGAUGGGCCAAAAUGCUAGUGCAACCCAGGAAACCUGAAUAAAAUUGAAUUUCCAAGACUUUCUCUAAUCCUGUUGAUUAUUGGCAAAAAACCAAAAUGAGUUAAACCAGUUAGUCUUUCCAGUUGUAUUAAUGAUGCAUAGCAUUCAUUAUUGUGUCAGUUGAUAAUUAUUGUAUUGUAUUGUGAAUUUGUAAAACAUGUUAUCCCACAUUAUGCCAAAUUAAAGGAUGGUCAAAAUUGA